AGUGACGUCACUUCCGGCCGGCCGUUCCGGGCGCGGUCCCGGUGUCUGGGGGUGGCGGGGUUGGAGCGGAGGCACCGAGCAUGGCCGGGGCCACCACCAUCGAGGCGGUCAAGCGCAAGAUCCAGGUGCUGCAGCAGCAGGCGGACGAUGCGGAGGAGCGGGCGGAGCGGCUGCAGCGGGAGGUGGAGGCCGAGCGCCGCAACCGCGAGCAGGCUGAGGCAGAAGUGGCAUCUUUGAAUCGCCGUAUCCAGCUGGUGGAGGAGGAGUUGGACCGAGCUCAGGAGCGCCUYGCCACAGCUCUGCAGAAGUUAGAAGAGGCAGAAAAGGCGGCGGAUGAGAGUGAAAGAGGCAUGAAAGUCAUUGAAAACAGAGCUCUGAAGGAUGAGGAGAAGAUGGAACUGCAGGAGAUCCAGCUCAAGGAAGCGAAGCACAUUGCAGAGGAGGCGGACAGGAAAUAUGAGGAGGUUGCUCGGAAGCUGGUGAUCAUAGAAGGAGAUUUGGAGCGUACUGAAGAGAGAGCUGAGCUCGCAGAGUCUCAUUGCCGGGAGCUGCAGGAGCAGAUCAGAGUGAUGGACCAGAACUUGAAGUGUCUGUCUGUUGCCGAAGAAAAGUACUCUCAAAAAGAGGAUAAAUAUGAAGAAGAGAUCAAGAUUCUGACUGAUAAACUCAAAGAGGCAGAGACCCGUGCUGAAUUUGCUGAACGCUCYGUAGCCAAGCUGGAGAAGACCAUUGAUGAUCUGGAAGAUGAGCUCUAUGCCCAGAAACUGAAGUACAAAGCAAUUAGUGAGGAACUGGACCACGCCCUGAAUGACAUGACUUCCAUAUGAGUCUUGCGAUUCCAAACUCCACUUUGGAUUUUUCUCUCUGGUGGCUUAUUCUGCAUCUGCACCCUGCAUUCACGCUCUCGUCAUCUCACUCUGAAUUCCAGUACCUUUUUCCAGUUCCUGUGCACAGGGCAUCCCUGGAAACGGGUUCUGUAAAGACACUGAAGCUUGACAGCAGCAGCAGUCCCCCAGUUCUGCUGCACUUGCUCCCAAACAAAGCUGCCUCUGUGUGACCUGAUGUGCCAGACACGGCCUGCUCUGAGGGGCUGCCCUUUCCGUGUCGGGGGAGCUGGGAGGAUGUUGUUCUCAUCUGCAUAUCUUGUGUGGAGCCAUAAAGCUCCUUUUGUAUUUCUCUUGCCUCUUGCUCGAGCAUGAUGUCGCCUUUUUUAAGGAAAACAGUUCUUGUAUAAAUGGCUGGUGCUUUUGAGAAAUGGGUUUCUAGCGACCACUAGAACUGUUUCAGCAUUGCCUUCAGACCCAUAUCUCCCUCGGUGGAGUGCAGACCUCACUAGCACGCUGGAUUUUUCUUUGGGGUGUGUUACUGGCUCCCAGAGUGAUGGCAGCUCUGCAGACAGGGCCUGUGGGGUCAAACAGGAGGCUGGGGGUUGCAGCCCUGGAACUAUGCCUGACUGAAGACACUCCUCAUUCCUGCCUGCUCUGGAGUGUUCACCAGCACCCGUUGCCAAGCRCUGGCUUGCAUUGGGAGGUCACAAAGCUUAUAGUCUCUAGUCAGGGUGUGGAAGCCAAUAAAUGUUGUGUGAGCUCUGGCUGGUCUCCACUGGGGCAGAACUGGUUGGGUGCGAGGUGCUGCCUGUGCYGGGGGGAGGGACGUAUGGCAUUUUGCUUCAGGAAUGAGAAGACACUGCAGCAGGGCUGUGAGCAUCUGAGCCAGGGAAUCUGUGUUUUACAGAGCCCUCUCCACCCCAUGCAGGGGCUGAGGGCUGCAGGAUCAUUCUGGGAGCGUGGCAUGGAGCUUCCCACUGAGCACUGCCCCUGGCAAAUGCCUGGUGUGUGUCACCGCUGCGUUGUUGCUAGUUGAUGUGGUAUGAUAAACACUGGUCAGCCUCUCAAAAUGGUAUGUGCUGCCUCAUGGUGGUUGGUCAAAUAYCUUUUCCUUUCUGGAUCGGUUCAUCUGCCACAGUGCCCGAAGAGCCCUUCGCGAGCAGAGUUCUGAUGAGAUGGGACACUUCCCGUGGCUGGCUCAGGUUUGUGUCCUUCUSCUCUCCACAUGACAGCACUGGCAGUCAGGAUAAUCCAUGCAARCUCACCUGCCCCAGUCUGUCCCACUUCAUCUUUGGUGGCAGGUCUGGGUGAGGAAGGARGGAGCAUUCAAGGAAUUCCAAAGUGUGGUCUGACUCUCUUGGGAUGUGGGGCAGUAGCUGUGCCUUGUAAGSACAAAGCAAGAACCCAGAACUCCUAAGUAACCCAAGUGCAGCUGGAGUUGAGGAUCUGGAUCCUGUGGGAGGGACAGGAGGCUUCUGUUAAUGUGGAGGUUUCCACUGUCAGCUCUUAAGACCAAGGGGACACCAUCAUUAUCUGUCAGUAUGUGUUAGGGACUGGGCCAGAUUCUGCUCAGUGGUGCCCAGCAGUAGCACAGGCAACACAUAGAAACUGAUGCCCAAGAAAUUCCACCUGAAUAUGAGAAAGAAUUGCUUUCCCAUGUUGGUAACUGAGCACUGAGCAGAUUGCCCAGAGAGGCUGUGGAGUCUCCCUCACUGGAGAUAUUCCAGAACAAUCUGGACACAGUCCUGUACCAUUGUGCUCUGRGAUGACCCUGCUUGAGCAGGAAGGUUGGAGCAGAUAAGUGCCAGUGGUCCCUUUCACCCUCACUGCUGUGAUUGUUGGUGGGUGGGAGGUGGCAGCCUGCCCUUGGGAAAUGCCUCUCUCCUCACAGGGAGGUCUGGUUGCAUUCUGGCUCGUGCUGUGGGGAGCUGGUGGCUCUGCUCUGCACAGUGGUGUUCCAAGGAAUGUUAUCUAARGCUGGGUUGUGGCAGGCCCUUUCCCCACUCAUCCGGAUGGAAUCCACUCUGGGUGGUGGAUGAGUGUGUGCGUGGGUGAUGCAAUGUCUGCCCUGGGAGGUUUUGGAGGCAUCUGGUUUGUCUGGAUUGCUGGGCUUGUGCAGGCUGGUUCCUGUGUGCUGUGCUGUGACUGGGGAGUGCUGCAAAUACAGGUUAAAUGACCAGGAGGGCCAUGUCCUAGGACUCCUCAGGAGUGACAGGGACAAUUUGGUGAGGCUGCCUGGGUGCUGGGCAGAGAAGGGAGCAGGCCAAACGUGGGCUAGCUAUCUGCAGACCUGGGCAAGUUCCUGAUGCAGCAGAUGCUGUUCCUGAAGUCUGGGAGGCAUCAUGCUAAACACUCCAGUCUGCUGCCUUGUGUGGGUCAAUCAUCAGGCCCCUGUCCCAAAGCUCUGAGCUGUUGGACCAACUGAGUCCUACUGAGCACAGUUCACUCUCAUCCUCUCAUCCUGGAGACCCAGGACCAGCCUGGAUCACUUGGGGAUGGAGACAGGAAUUGGGGCUGUUCAGAGCCAGCGUGGAGCUGGAGUCCCUCACAGUGACAGUAGCUGUUGUGCAAGGCACAGGCCAGGAUGGUGUGUACCCACAACUUCCCUCAGCUUCCAGGUUGUGGUAGGACAGAAAUCAUUGGCUUUUCUGGCCGUGCCUUGGUCCCUUGGUGGCUCUAAAGAAGGAACAGUCAAUCAGCAUUACUGCCCUCUCCUGUGGAGCGAGGUGCAGUUAGAGCAGGUCCUGAGGACUGAGAGAAGCUGAGGGUGAAGAUGAAGUUGAGCUUCUCCCUCUGUGUUCAGGUGUCACAUUGGAGGCACUGAGCUGAGACUCGGGAAGGUGACAUGCUUUGGCUGCUCCAUGUAAACCACUCAGCUGUCUGGAGUUUUACCCAGCCAGGUCUUGUUCCAGAGCAAAAUAUUCCCAGGUUGAAAGCAAUGARGAAUGGUGUAGCUCCCCUUCAGAGGGUCCCCGAGAUUCCUAGGACCUUGUAGUACAAGGAUUAGAGGAGAAGCCCAAGACCCAAGCCCAAGGCUGUGUUCCAGGCUCACUCCUCUGGCAGAGGCAGCACACUAUGGGUCACUGCAGGUGGUGCUGGGCAGUUCUGCCAGGCUGGGAGAUGAUGUGUAAGGAUUUUYCACUGCCUGGAAUUCCCUAAAUGCAGGAAUUGGAGCUGUCAGGCUGUCAGAGAAAACUCUGCCCAUGCAAAUGAGCAGAAAGAGAUGCUGAGUGGAUUAUCUGUAGUGGCUGGUUGUGGCUGACAGGCUGUGUGUCAGGACAUUGGCCACCCUGCCUUAGAGGUGACAUGCUGGAAAGGGACCACUUGGUUCUCCCUUUGCAUGGAGCUGCUGAUGAGCAAGAGUGCUUGGCAUGAGCCUCAAGGAUGUGUGUGGCUGCUGGACCCCUUGGGGCUGUAAGGUCAGGGACUGGAGAGGCAAUGGCUGCAGAGA